AUGGAUAGACUGCAGAGACAGCUAGCCUCUGAGUUUGAGAUGAAGGACUUGGGUGAACUUAAGUACUUCCUAGGAAUUGAGGUAACCAGGGGGAGAGAAGGGAUCUACCUGUGCCAAAGGACGUACGUUCUUGACUUACUGACAGAGACAGAUGCAGAUUGGGCUGGAAAUAUUACAAAUAGGAGGUCGACAUCAGGUUACUUUACCUUCGUGGGAGGUGAUUUGGUUACAUGGAAGAGUAAGAAACAGAAAGUUGUGGCACGAUCUAGUGCUAAGGCCGAGUAUAGAGGUAUGGCUCAUUGA